CAGCGCAGGGAAUCAUGAGCGGCACAGCUGCUGAUCUGCUGAUCCUGUACGAGUCGGAGGCGGAGCAGUGGGCGUCCUACAUGCGCUCGGUGCUGUCGGGCCCCGUCGCCGCUGACGACGGCAUCUGUUGCUACGACGUGGCCACGGUGACGGGCCGCAAGAGCCAGGAGGACUUCCUGUCGCUGGCGCAGUACCGCUGCAAGCUGCUGAUCCUGUCGCGCGGCCUGCUGGAGGCGCUGUGUCCGCUCAGGCGGUUCUUCCUGGCGCGCGUGCUGACGCCUCCAGGCCAGGUGGUGGUGCUGUUGUGCGGCGUGCCCAGCCUGGCGCCGCUCCUGGAGCAGGUGCCCCUGCAGGGAGACGUCUACCUGCAGAUCUCCAGCGAGCAGGAGGCCCACGAGUACACCGCCGCCGUCGCAGACAUCGUGCGCAGAGGUGGACAGGCCACGUCCAUGGAGCCCGUCUCCCGCAGGGCCUCUGGGCCCGACGUCAGGCUGGAGAAGAAGCUCUCUGCUGGGGGGGCAGCCCCCGCCAAGUCCCCUCUGCUGCUGGUGCCCUCCAGAGUGGCCUGUGAGGCCCCAGGUGAGGUCUACCUGUUGCUGCAGGACUCUGUGUCCAAUAGGGAGGCGGAGGUGGAGUUCACUGCAGGAAAGCACAAGGUGCGGGUCAAGGCCACCAGCUGGAACGACUACACACUCUGUGUCAAUCCACCAGAGUUCCCUGCUGGUAGUGUGGGCGUAGGCCUGUACUGUGGGGGCGUGGCUAAAGGCAAGGCCCAGCUCCAGUACUACGGCAGCCUGGGAGAAGUGGCCAACCUGCUGAGCAGAGCAGCAGACCCAGUGGACUUCAUGUGUCAGGCGUUCCAGGUGUGUUCUGUAGAGCAGCUGGAUGAGACUCUGGCCGGGAGUCUGAUGCAGAAACUGCCCACCAGGGGGUUCAGAGAACUGCAGUGGGACCAGCAGCCUGAGGCUGGGGCCUCCAGCUCCUCCAGGGAGGACAUCCCCACGCUGCUGCACUUGGUGGCCCAGCACGGGCUGCGUGACGUGGGGAGCGUUCUGCUGCAGUGCCCUGGAGCCCAGCGGGCCCUGCACACCCCCAACCGCCACGGCCACACCCCCCUGGAGCUGGCCCACGCCAACGGGCACACACAGCUGCACAUACUGCUGCAAGGGGCACUGAACGUCCAGAGCAGAGAGGAAGGUGAAGACUCCAGUGUGUAUGAGAUGAUGUGCACUGCAGGCAAACCCAAGUCCAGCCCCUCCGAGGAUGCCCACCAGGCUGGCAGGUCUGAGGACCAGGAGGAGGAUGAGGAAGAGGAGGACCCGUACGCACCGCUCGGGGUGAACGACGAAGAGUACGAUACCAUCCUCAGCCCUAGCAACUCCGUGGUGAUCGCCAACCGACCUCCGGCACCCACGCCUCGCCCCGAAACCAUCGCCACCAAAGAGGACCGCACCCCCUUCAUAGCACAAGUGUUCCAGAAGAAGAUGUCCCAACCAGAUACCGGAACUCUCUACUCGCUCCCGCUGAAACAAGUGCGUGAGCGCGAGAGCAUCUCGUCCACCUACGACACGUUCGUGGCGAGCCACACACCCCCCCCGGGCUGGACGAGCUCAUCUCGCUGCAGCAGCAGGUCAAACUGGGCACGCUCAGUGUGGACGACGCCCUCCACCGCUUCAGCCAAUGGCAGCGCCUGCAGAAGGGAGUGGACAGCAUUCAGCAGGAGAAACUUCGUCAGAUGCGAGCCAGCCUCAUCAACUACGCCGAGGGAUGACGACAGCGUCUACGAUAAAAUCAACAUCAUUCAUCACACACCAAAUGUGGCGGUGAAGGACUGCAGAAGGGGGAGCACGCCUGCGGAGAGCGACUUCUACAGCAAACCCCUCAAAGGCCAGCCGUCCAAUUUGUUCUGGAAGGCUGAUAAACGAUGAAGAGACACAGAGGUGUUGCUGUCAACGAUGUCUCUCUACACUACACAUCAGGAGGAAAGCUUGUUCUGUGUGGCGUUGAUAUUUUCAGUACAGUUCUUGUUUUAUUAAAUGUUUCAUUUAAACAUGCGUCUUUUAAAAUAUAAUUUCAAAGGAGAAUAUAAUCCUAAACAGUAAUUUAUUUUUGACACAUUUUGUGAAGAAAGAUAUAUCCAUGAUGUGUGCCAUAUGGAGUUAUUCUGAUUAUGUUAUCCUGUGAAAACAUGAUAUGUAAAUAAGUCAAUAAUCACAGUGGAUGUAACUAUACACUGAUA